AAUUGCUGUUGCUGUUGUUGUUGCUUCAGAUCCCCUCUUUCUUUGAUUUAAAUUCCCACCAAUUCCCCCCCGUGUUCUUCAAGUUUCAAUCACAUCGCCAACGGACGAAAGGCCGCGGAUCUCAUUUCCUUUGAGAGGAAAUGGUGGUCGCCGGCCCUCUGACCCCUGGCCAGGUGUCAUUUUUGCUGGGUUUCAUUCCUGUAUUUACUGCAUGGAUAUAUUCAGAGAUAUUGGAGUAUAGAAAACCUUCCGCUCCUGCAAAAGUACAUUCAGAUACCAAUUUGGUUGAAUUGGGAAAUGGAACGAUCAAGGAAGAUGAUAAGGCUGUAUUACUUGAAGGAGGUCUAUCAAAAUCAUCAUCUGCAAAAUUUAUGAGUGCUUCGGUCCGAACAACCUUAAUCAGGUUUAUAACGAUGGAUGAUUCUUUUUUGCUUGAAAAUCGAGCAAUUUUAAGAGCCAUGUCGGAAUUUGGGGCAACUCUUAUUUACUUCUACCUGUGUGAUAGGACAAACUUGUUUGCAGAAUCUAAGAAGAGUUACAGUCGAGACCUUUUUCUCUUUCUCUAUGCUCUUCUUAUCAUAGCUUCAGCCCUGACUUCUCUGAAGAAGCACCAUGACAAGUCUGCAUUCUCAGGGAAAGCAAUACUUUAUUUGAAUCGACACCAGACAGAGGAAUGGAAAGGAUGGAUGCAGGUCUUAUUUUUAAUGUACCACUACUUUGCUGCCUUUGAGAUUUAUAAUGCAAUCCGUGUGUUCAUUGCUGCUUAUGUCUGGAUGACUGGAUUUGGGAAUUUCUCUUACUAUUACAUACGAAAGGAUUUUAGCCUUGCUCGGUUUGCUCAGAUGAUGUGGCGGCUAAAUUUCUUUGUAGCCUUCUGCUGUAUUAUUCUGAACAAUGACUACAUGUUGUAUUAUAUCUGUCCUAUGCACACACUCUUUACACUUAUGGUAUAUGGAGCACUAGGCAUCUUUAACAAAUAUAAUGAGAUUGGAGCAGUGAUGGCCAUUAAGAUGGCCGCUUGCUUUUUGGUGGUGAUCUUAAUUUGGGAAGUUCCUGGAGUUUUUGAACUUAUAUGGAGUCCUUUUACCUUUUUAGUAGGAUAUAAAGAUGCAGAUCCUGCUAAAGCAAACCUACCUCUCUUGCAUGAAUGGCACUUUAGAUCUGGCCUUGACCGUUAUAUUUGGAUUGUCGGAAUGAUAUACGCAUAUUAUCACCCAACUGUCGAAAGAUGGAUGGAAAAACUAGAAGAGUCUGAAACCAAAAGGAGACUAUCAAUCAAAACGAGCAUUGUUACAGUUGCUUUGGUGGCUGGUUAUUUGUGGUAUGAAUUCAUCUACAAGCUAGACAAAAUUACGUACAAUAAGUAUCAUCCUUACACAUCAUGGAUCCCCAUCACUGUUUACAUUUGCCUGCGUAAUUUCACCCAACAUAUCCGCAAUUUCUCAUUGACUCUUUUUGCGUGGCUUGGCAAAGUCACCCUGGAGACAUACAUCUCCCAAAUCCACAUCUGGUUGAGGUCAGACUUGCCUAAUGGUCAACCCAAGUGGCUUCUCUCUUUCAUUCCAGAUUACCCUUUGCUCAAUUUCUUGCUCACAACUGCAAUUUAUCUCUUUAUAUCAUAUCGGGUGUUCAACCUGACAAAUUCACUUAAGAUUGCUUUUGUUCCUAGUAAAGACAACAAGAGGCUGCUGCAUAAUUUUAUUGCUGGAGCAGCAAUUUCUGUGUGCUUGUACUGCGUUUCAUUAAUUCUAGUUUCCGUCCCUCGGUUAUUGGCAUGAUGAUGUGCAACGUGAAUGUUUUCAGUUUUAAUAUCCUCAGAGGUGAAUGGAACGUUCAGUUUCUGAGAUGCUAGUCCUGGCAUUUUUUCGAAAUCGAAAGAAAAAUAGAUUUGUUUUUCGGCCCAUAACUUCAAUUUGUUUUGCCAAAGAAUGGAAAGAGAGAGGGGUAAGGCCUGCUUGGUAUAGGUUUGUAAUAGUUGAGAUAGGAUGGAAGCUCUGUAUAUUUCCUUUUCUCCCCAAGUGUUUUUCAGUUUCAUUAGCUGGUGAUGUAUUGUUUGAUUACUGGGAUGUUUACUGAAUCUUUCUUCAAAUGAAGCGAUUACUGUAAAAACAUAAAAUGUUCAUUGUCUUGAUGUUACAUUUGUCUUUAUUCGUAA